AUGGCUGGAAACGCUACUAAGAAACAGGCUAAUGCUAACAAUGAGAGUUUGAACACUCUCUAUAAGCUGUCUAUCCCGAUUGUUCUGCUCUCCUACUUGCGUGUCGCUUCCGUUUCUCAACUCGUGAAGAACACAGUCUUCAACGUACCCCUCAUGGCGUGUCUAUAUGUUUUCGAAAAAAAUGCAAGACCAACCUAUCGAACUGAACAAGUCACUGGCGGUGCACAGAGGAAAAGACUGGUCCACGAAGGUUCGCUCGAUUUGAACCAGCAAGGUGGACUCACGGAAUACAUGUUCGACAUGAUUUAUUUGUCCCUGGCUGGGAAUCUGGGAAAGUUUCUGCUCAACACAAAUAAAGUCUGGUACGUAGUCUAUGUUGUCAUCCCUCUCUAUGUAUUGUACAAGAUCAAUGGAUUGAAAAACCAAUUCUUUGGUUCAAAAGAUUCGAAACAAGCUGGGCCCGAUGGCGGGAUUUCAAAAGAGUCUGCCCCAUCCAAAUCAAAGAGACAGACUAAACGUGAACAGAGAGGCGAUAAGGCCCAAGUUAGAUACAGGUAG